AUGUCGCCCCCCUCAGUAGACGACAACGACAGUCUCUCUCCCACCAACUCCCGGGGAGAUGACGACGAGAACAGCCAACACCCCCGCAAACGCCAGCGUGUGCGUCUCAGCUGUCUAGAGUGCCGCCGAAGAAAGCUCUCUUGUGACCGUGGCUAUCCGUGCCAGCGGUGCUUGAAGAGCGGCACUCCUGACCGCUGCACCUACGAGACCAAGUCUGGCGUCGUUCUGAACGCCAGCUCAGGAGUCCCCCCCGCGUUUGCCCAGCUGGACUCUCGGAGGAACGGUGAACUGGCCAUGGGCGGCACCAAGGAAACCGACAUGUCCCUGGUCCGGGAGGCGGCCAAGGACCACGACCGCAUCCGCCGUCUCGAGCUGGAAGUCGCUCAGCUCAAGACUCAACUCACCCGACAGGCCAUGUCCAGCUUCGAUGGCAGCACAGUUGCCGGCACCAACUCACCGCACACUCAGAAGGAUGAGUCCACCGACACGCCCGCCAAUGAUCCAUGCGCCAACACUCACCAAAUGGAGAAGUGCUGGCAUCAAUACAGCGACGGUGGCGCCAAUUCAGAGCUCCGCUUUUUCAGAGGCAAGGAAUUCAGGACGAGGUAUUUCGGUCCUCACAACGCCACGAUGGCGUUCAUCGAGGUAGGUCUAUCGAGCUCCUCCGGGAGCCUCAAUGAUUUAAUGGAGGACAUUUAUCUGACUUCAUUCCAGUUGACUGGCCUGUGUCCCUUUAUGAAGGAGACAGCAGAUGAAUGGCUGAAACCGGUGAAGGCUCAUGACCGCAAGGAUCGUAAGAAGCGCAAGGAGGACCGCGACAAGUUUUACGCUCAGCCUGACCCCCGGCUGGAGGCUCUUCUGCCGCCCAAGGAGCAAGUCGAUGCCCUGGUUGAGGUCUACAUCGACCAGUUCGAGCAAAUGCACCGCAUCAUUCACAUCCCCACCUUCAGGAGAGAGUACUCGGAAUUCUGGGAGAACCCUGCCGAGUCCCGCUAUGCCGCCUUCACCGCCCUUGUCUUGGCCAUCAUCGCGGUUGCAAACUGCAUCCACACUCACGAGUCUAUGAGGUUCACGGGCAUGAUCUCCAAUGCCCAGACAACCGCCGAGAAGUACAUCAAAGCCGUUGAGGAUUGGCAGGACAAGCAGAGCGUGAAGCACCGAAAGCUCAUCCACUACCAAAUUGCAUGCCUCCUGUAUCUUGGCAAGCGCGUCAACACGGUCAAGAAGAAGCGCUUCUGGACGAACUCGGGAGCUCUUAUCCAGGAUGGAAUUUCAGUCGGUCUCCAUCGUGAGCCCAGCCACAUGUCCGGCAAGAUCUCAGUCUACAACCAGGAAAUGAGGAGGAGGAUAUGGGCAACGGUGCAGGAAUUCGACAUGCAGGCCUCCUUCGACCACGGUCUGCCAACGCUUGUUAGCCAACUGCACUACGACGUGCAGCCCCCGAGGAAUUUGGACGACGAGGACUUUGACGAGGACACCACUCAGCUGCCCCCCUCGAAGCACGGAAAGGAGUACACUUUCUCCUCCUACCAGAAUCUCGCUCGCCAGAGUCUGCCCCUCCGCAUGGAGUUGAGCAGGCUAUUGUGUGGUCCACCUGGGGAGAUCGACUACGAUCAAGUCAUCAGGUAUACUAACGACAUCACCCACGAGAUCGACUCUCUGCCAUCUUGGGAGCACAACAACAACAACACCCACGGCGGCAAGCGUCCGCUCCUCGCCUACACCCUCCUCCACGUCCAGCUCCGCCAGUACAUCAUUCCUCUCCACCAACCAUUCCUCAAGCUGCGAAAGUCGAAUGCCAAAUACCAGUACUCCGAAAUCAUCUACUACAACGCCGCCCGAGACAUCGUGCUCCUGCACGACAAGCUCUAUGAGCAGGGCAUCCGCUGCCUCAACUUCCUUCGCGAAGACACCCUCACCACGGCCGUCAACCUCUGCAGUGUCACGAUGCUGCAGCCCCGCGGCUCGACCAACAUGAUCAUGAUCAACUCCCAGCACACGGUGAAGUUGCUCGAGAAGUGCCUUUUGAUGAAGGAGGAUAGGCUGCUGCGGACCGGCAACAACGAGCCAUGGGGUUAUUCCAUCAUGUGCUCAUCCCUCGGCCUGCUCGAGGCCCAUCUGGGCACGAAGACGACGGAGCAAGCGAAGGCGUCGUCCGCGGAACGCUUUGUCAACUUGCACUACAAGCUGCUGGCGAACCAGGAGCCGCCGGUAUCGAGCCAGCAAUCGGAGCUCUCCAAGAUCCCCGGCCUGGAGGUUCCCGAAAGACCAAAGGUGAGCAUCUUCCGCAAUCAGUUCCGCACAAACGAACACUUACUGACUGAACCGCUCAAGUCCGUCACGCCCUUCUCCUUCCAGGGGUACCCGUCGUCUCACAACACGGUCGACGGACUGCUGCCUCAACCGCUACCUUGGAUGUCAUCAUCCAUGGAUCCGCAGGUGAGUCUUCACGAAGACUUCUCCCCAGCACUCGUUGCUGACAGUGUGUUGGCGGCAAAGACGCAGCAGCAGUCGUUCAAUCCCGACUUUAGUCUUGAAGCUCUGGGAUUGAAUUUGAACGAGUUGUGGGGAGAGUCGUGGGACUUUAGCUAA